GGAUGUUCUCUCUUUUCCUCGCAGGGCUGCGGCGGUGGUGGUUGUGCUGCUGCUCUCGCUGAAGUAUCCAGGUCCAUCCUCGUCGCUGCGGCGACACCCACACCCGCCACCGCCAUGACUGAGCAGAUGACACUUCGUGGCACCCUCAAGGGUCACAAUGGAUGGGUGACCCAGAUCGCUACCACUCCCCAGUUCCCGGACAUGAUACUGUCCGCCUCUCGAGACAAGACCAUCAUCAUGUGGAAGCUGACCAGGGAUGAGACCAACUACGGCAUCCCACAGCGUGCUCUUCGGGGUCACUCCCAUUUCGUUAGUGACGUGGUCAUCUCCUCAGAUGGCCAGUUUGCCCUCUCUGGCUCCUGGGACGGAACCCUUCGCCUCUGGGAUCUCACAACGGGCACCACCACACGCCGAUUCGUGGGCCAUACCAAGGACGUGCUGAGUGUGGCCUUCUCCUCUGACAACCGGCAGAUUGUCUCUGGCUCCCGAGACAAAACCAUCAAGUUAUGGAAUACUCUGGGUGUAUGCAAAUAUACUGUCCAGGAUGAGAGCCACUCAGAGUGGGUGUCUUGUGUCCGUUUCUCGCCCAACAGCAGCAAUCCCAUCAUCGUGUCCUGUGGCUGGGACAAGCUGGUCAAGGUAUGGAACCUGGCAAACUGCAAGCUGAAGACCAAUCACAUCGGCCACACAGGAUACCUGAACACUGUGACCGUUUCUCCAGAUGGAUCCCUCUGUGCUUCUGGAGGCAAGGAUGGCCAGGCCAUGCUGUGGGACCUCAACGAAGGCAAGCAUCUGUAUACACUUGAUGGUGGGGACAUCAUCAAUGCCCUGUGUUUCAGCCCCAAUCGCUACUGGCUCUGUGCUGCCACUGGGCCCAGCAUCAAGAUCUGGGUGAGUAGGGGCUGCAGUUGAGGACCGGUACCUGGCUCUACUCUAAGCCAUGGCAUCAAUGUGGUGAUUUCCUGAACAACUGCUGUCAGUGGAGGCCCAGCAAAAGCUACUUAAAAUUUCCUGGGUUUAGGUUUACAAUGAUUAGAUCUUUGCCUACUUAAAGGAAUGGCUAAAUAGAGCAGCUUAUUCAACCACAGCACAGUUGACAUUUUUGUCUGAAUGUUUGACAGAGGGGUGUAGUAGUCCUGUGUAUUUUAGGAUGUUCAGCAGCAAAACUGGUCUUUACUCACCAGUAAGUGCCUAUAAUAGACUCCCUUAAUGACAACCAAAAAUGUCUCUAGGUGAGUGCAGAAAUAUCCUGUUGAAAUUAUUGAGGUAUAAAGUGGCUUUUGAGACGGGACUUCUGUUUGUUUUUUUGGGGGGGGGGGGGGUGUGGGUGUGUGUGUGUUUAGUAUCAGUGGCAUUAAAGUGCAAAGAAUUGCCUUACCUCCAUUUUGCUCCUUCCCCAGGACUUGGAAGGCAAGAUCAUUGUAGAUGAAUUGAAGCAAG